CAGCAAUACCGUCGCAAAUCUGCAUCCUCCUGUUAGAGAAGGAGACAUCUAUGGCCCAUGGAGCCUCAAGGAAUUGUCAAAGCUUUCCGCAAACGAAAGAAGUUGAGAGAAAAUGUACACACUGUGCCUUUAAAGAUUUGGAAAGAAGAAAUCCAGAAUCAGCAAGGGUGGUUGGAGCCAAUCACAGCUUAUGUGUUGCAAGCAGGAAUUGGCCAGGCCAGAGCUGAGAUCUUCUGUAAGAAGAUUAUUCACAACGGAGGACACAUCUGCAGCCAGCUUUCCCCAGAUGUGACACAUGUAAUAGUGGAUGAAGACAUGGAUUUUGAUCGGGCUUUUCGGCUCCUCAAACUCAAAAAGUUACCUCAGGGUUUGCAACUGGUUAAGGCAUCAUGGCUGAGUUCUUGUAUUACAGUACAGCACAUCUUGGACACUACUGACUAUAGACUCAUCAUCCCAGAGAAAUAUCUGGAUGAGACAGGCUUUUCAAUGAAACAGUCACCAUUACCUAAGGUUCACCCCAAAGCAGAGAACACAGUUAUGGAACUGAAAGAAGAAUCAAACACUGAGAUCAGCUCUUUCUGUGAUACUGAACAGAGGAUGUUAGGUGAUGAAGAAAUUGAAGAGGACAAAGCUGUUGUCACUCUGCAAGAACUGAAGGCACUGAGGUCAGGUCAGGAGCUGAACACUUCGUCAGAAGGCUCAUCAGCGGGCAUUUCCCCUGGCAAGUGGGUUUGCGCUCAGUCUUCUGAAAGCAAGAAAACUAAUCAUAAUCAGUGCAUUACAGAGAAGCUGGAAGUGCUGGCUAAAGCCUACACUGUCCAAGGAGACAAGUGGAGGGGUCUAAGCUACUCGAAAGCCAUUAAUGCGCUCAAGAGUUAUCAUAAACCUGUUACAUCUUAUCAGGAAGCCUGUAAGAUUCCUGGAAUUGGAAAACAGAUGGCAGAAAAGAUUGUAGAAAUCCUGGAGAGUGGGCACCUUCGAAAACUUGACCACAUCAGUGACAGUGUCUCAGUGCUAGAAUUAUUUUCCAAUAUAUGGGGAGCAGGAGUAAAGACUAGCCAGAUGUGGUACCAGCAGGGUUUUCGCACUCUGCAUGAUAUCCGCACUAGGGCCUCUCUCACCAGCCAGCAAGCUAUCGGCCUUAAGUAUUAUGAGGACUUCUUGGAGCGCAUGCCACGGCAGGAAGCUGCUGAAAUUGAACAGACUGUUAGAAAAGCAGCUCAGUCUAUUAUAUCUGAACUAGUGUGUAUAGCAUGUGGCUCUUUCCGGCGUGGAAAACCUACUUGUGGAGAUGUGGAUGUACUGGUGACUCAUCCUGAUGGACACUCCCACCAAGGAGUAUUCAGCAAACUGCUCAACGUUCUUCAUAAAAGUGGCUUUCUCACGGAUGACUUGGUGAAUCAGGAAGACAAUGGCACCCAGCAGAAGUACCUCGGAGUCUGCCGUUUGCCAGGCCCAGACAAGCACCACAGACGCCUUGACAUCAUUGUGGUCCCCUACAGAGAGUUUGCCUGUGCUUUGUUGUACUUCACAGGCUCAGCCCACUUCAACCGCUCCAUGCGAGCCCUGGCCAGGACUAAAGGCAUGAGCCUGUCAGAGCACGCCCUCUGCAGUGGUGUAGUGCGAGGGCCAGAGGGCCUCAAAACCGGAUCUGGGAUUGUCCUGUCCACGCCUACUGAAAAGGAUGUGUUUGCACAUCUGGGGUUGCCUUACCGGGAGCCACAUGAGAGGGACUGGUAGAGACAAGACAAGAAGUAGCCCCAGUUAGCUUCAGGGAGAUAUGGGGGCUUGCAUAAGAUUUUCAAACAUACCGUAUGUCCUUUGCUUGUUUUCCUUGAGGCAUAUUUGCAAACCAAAGGACUUGGUGAGCAGCUUAUAAUUUUUCCUCAUUGUGAAAAUCCCAAGAUCUUUAAAGUCUUUUAUUAGCUUUGAAAGAUUUCAGUGAGAGGAAAAAACUAUGGACAAAUCAACUCAUUCAGUUAGCAAUUCCAGGAAUGAGAGACUGUUAUUGUAAAUCUUUUUUGCACAUUAAAAAAGCAAUU